GAAGUGAAUGAUAAACACGAAAAAGACAUCAAAAGUUUUCCUUUUGAUCCUAGCGGACCGCCAUAUCGGCCAAACACCAUUCAGUUCUUCUAAAGGACGAGGGUUUGAAAUAACAGCAAAACGCCUAUGUUUUUCGAGACAGUUCUAUCAUUGUUGUCAUGGUAUAUGCCAUCCCAUGGUUUUAUUGUUAAUAAGGGAGACGUAAGUGAAUGAAAUAAUUAAAAACGAGAAUACAUCAAAUGUCCACAUUUUAUCACACAGGGACGCCAUUACGGUUAAAAACCAUCUUGAGCAUGUUUCAAGUUCAAUAUAAUAUUGAUAUGGCUUCUGUUCUGAUGCAUAUUGUGCGAAAAAAUAGGCAUCUGCAAAUUCUAGUAUUAAACGUAAUUGAAAGGACACAAAACAAUUAAAAGAAUGAGAACAAAAACUUUUCUAGAAUGUUUAGCAGGUGAAAGUUUUCAGCGUCAUUUUCUUUCCAUGAAUAACUGAUGAUCGUAACUAAAGCAAGUGUUGAGUCCUAUUUGCAAGACGAGACGCUAGAUAUGCCAUAGAAAGAGAGAGAUCAUGAAUAUUUGAAGUGUCAAGUGUAAGCGACAUGGACCCUGUGCGUCACGUGAUCAUACGGCUCCUACUGAUCGCCAUCGUGGCAGCGAUACCACAUGCGCAUGCGCAGUCCCGUGAGGACUGUAUCAAAGACGUCAACAAGCACUUCAACGCAAUGCCUGGUAAAUACCUACAUGGAUUCAAAAUCGAAUCUUUUGUGGCUCAAAAUCCAUUCGAUUGCUCUAUCAAGUGCACAGAAAAUCUCAGAUGUCAAUCAUUUAACUACCAAUCAGAAAGCAGCACUUCUGAGAAUGCGUGCGAAUUGUCGAACGCCACCCACCGAGCAUCAUCCCUACUGUCCAGGGAGGGGUACUCGUACUAUGGCCCUGACCUUAACCUUCAGCCAGCCGUUUGUGUAAACUGUUCCCAUGGCAACUUGUGCGUCCAGUCAUGUGACAGCGAUCGUGAUUAUGAGUGCUCAUGCAACGAAGACAAAACUGGAAAGGACUGCUCCAAAUGGAAAGCAAACGCUGCCGAAUACGACGUGAAGUUUCCCGCUCGUAGCAACACGUCGCACAUGGUCGUAGAUGUGGUCAGCAGUAUUACUGAAUUCACAGCAUGCGUAUGGAUCACUACUAGCACUAACGGUCCGCUGACCAUCUUUUCAUAUGCUGAGCCCGCACAGAUUUCGCAAAUCGUGUUUGUCUGCGACAACCGUGAGAAGAUGACGUCAUGCAAUCUGACAGUGAAUGGAGCCUCGCGUGAGAUGAAGUACUCGCAGCCUCUGAAAGGGGCCUGGUACCAUAUAUGCAUCAAAUGGAGCAGCACCGGUGGCAUAUGGUCCUUCUUUGUAGAUGGGGCCAAAAGGGGCCAUGGUUCCACACUAAGCCCAGGGCACAAUAUCACGUCACCCGGUAAGCUGGUCAUUGGCCAGAUUCAAAAGGUGAUGGUCGGUGGUUUUGAUGCCAGCAAGUCCUUCGUCGGGGCGAUCAGUCGAUUUAACGUGUGGAGUGAGUUGAUCAGUGAUGGGGCCAUUGCAUUGCUGGCUCAGACAUGUGGUCGGGAGACUGGGAACCUUAUUGACUGGAGAGAGAUGAAGUAUCAAGGACGAGCUGACGUCAUCAUUCAAACACCGACUUCGUGUCUCGGAGUGGCAGAAAAGGAUUAUGACCACGCCAUGCACUUCGUAACCAAGUCCGACUCGCGUUACGCCAUCGCCAAUACGAGUAUGCCCGACCUGACUGCACUGACGCUUUGUGUUACCCUCAAGACGAGCGUUAAAGUCGACCUUGUCCCCUUCUCUUACGCCUGGGCCGGCGAGUCGAACGGCAUUUAUAUAAGCAUUUACGAUGACGAGACGAUCAGGUUUUAUAUCGACGGUUAUUAUAAGGAGAGUGGCCACGCCCUUAUUCGUGACCUCUGGAACAACAAAUGGCACACUGUAUGUCUCGCUUGGCAAUCCUCCGGUAAAAUGUGGGGCUACAUAGACGGUGUCGAAGUUAGAAACUCACAGACAUUGGCGGAAGGAUCGACUGUCAAGGGAACAGGAGUUGCAGUUCUCGGACAAGACCAAGAUAGUUACGGCGGUGGUUUUCAAACAUAUCAAGCGUUUCUUGGUCUUCUCAAGAACGUGAACUUGUGGGACCGCGUGCUGACAGUUGACGAAAUCAUCCAGAUCGCACAGGGGUGUGGCGAGGCACGUGGGAACGCAAUCAGCUGGCAAGAUCUUAGAUUCGCCUCCAGGAACAAGUUGCCGAUUAUACGGUACUCCAAUUGCGUCACAGCGAAUCAAUCAGACUUCAUGUUCACCGUCCCGUCGGGCGAUACAGACUUCGUCCAGCUCCCCACCCUACCCUCCCUGGGGAGGUUUACGGUCUGCCUGUGGUUGAAAGAACGCGCCGCGGAGAUACUCAAAUAUGUGGUCAAUUCUGAUGUUGAGCUGAUGCUGAGUUUUAGCCAUGUGGGAGCCUUGAGUCUCCGCGUUGGCAACGUCGUAAAAAGCGAUCCUUUGAUGAUCUACCCAAACGAUAUCUGGAAGCAUUUGUGCGUCACAUGGAAUAACGAAGGGGCUGGUACCAGUCGUGUCUUCAACAACGGCGUAUUGCGCAUGACCCACAGCCCUCACGCGGGGGGUGUGACGCUCAAGGCUGACGGCUCACUUCGACUACUGAACUGCACGGUGACCCGCUUCAAUAUGUGGAGCGAGAUCCUGGCAGACGAGAUGAUACACAGCAUGUCCUUAGGACCGGGCUCAGAGACAGGUGACCUGGUGGCUUGGCGUGACGUCAUGACCAAAGGAUUCGGGAACACAAAACUGACGCUCGCUCCAGAGGCAACAAACGAUGGGCACGAGAUGAACUACGAGCUGAUAUUCCCGAGCCAGUCGACUAACAACGUUGUCGAGUUCACUGGUAUGCCGUCUAUGACUGCCCUGACGACGUGCGCCUGGUUCAAGACUCCAGCCUCACACACGGACACCAUCUACAUUCUAACACAUGCGCAUAGCACGGAGGUGGACAGUAUGCGACUUGAUAUCCGAAACCCAAAUGACAUUCACAUCACAGUGGAUGAUAGUUCAAGGUAUUUUGACAAGGAUGGGCUACGUGACAAUAAUUGGCACCUGCUGUGCUUUUCAUGGCGGAGUAGCGACGGAUCGUACAAGAUAUAUCUCGAUGGGGUCAUACUCAAAAGCUCUUCUAACUACCAGACGGGCCAUAGUAUCCAGUCCGGUGGGGUGCUAGCGAUUGGACAAGACCAAGACUCGGUUGGGGGAGAUUAUGACGCCACACAGUCUUUCGUGGGCUCCCUGUCCGGUGUCAACAUCUGGCAGACGGUUCUGGGCGAUGACGUCAUUCAGGCUAUGAGCGCUGGGUGCAACAUGUGGAGCGGUGAUGCUGUCAGCUGGUUGCAGUUGCGCAGAGCUAAGAUCACCGGUGUCACCAUCAAGCCGUACGCGGAGUGCUCUCUUCCCGGUAUCGUCGCUCAGAAGCAUCGGGACGAAUGGUGCAAUAAGAAACAUGGCGCGUCGCCAUCCACAGGAUGCACCUUACCGCUGUACGCUCUCUUUGACAAACAAGGCUCAAGCUUCCAUAGACAAUGGAGUUGUUACUAUAGCAACGUCUUGUCAGCAGACCCUAGCAACCAAGGAUUUGUUUACGCCGGUGGGAUGUGUACACACACAAUUCAUGAUGAAUUGGUGAUAAUUAACGAGUAGUCGUCCAGUGGUAUUUAUAUUACGAAUUACCUCUAUUGCACUUGAAUUACGUGAAUUUAUGAACUUAUUAAAUAAAUUUAUUCUCAAUUUUUUUUGUAAUUGUCACUUUUAAGUUUGGAUGAUUGGACAUUCGAAUUCAGCAUGACUUGUACUACUAGCUGCUUUAUAGGUUUUCGUUAAGUUUAAGGUUCGUAGAGGUUUCUAAGCCAAAAGAAUCAGCAUUUGCAUGGUAGGGUCCGUGGUCUAAACGGUUUGAAAAACAACUUUGACCGAAUUUGAUGCACCUUAAAUAAUGGGUCCACCACCGUUACAUUAUGAAGUACAAAUCCCAUCGGCCUUAGUGAAAUAUGUGAUCUGGAAACGAAAUACCCCUAAGAAAAAUCCAAACAAAUCAUUGAUAUAACCAGCACACACUUUGAUGUGAGGAAUAUUUAGAAAUUCUGUCGAAGGAUCGAAUUGUUUUGAAAAAAUCCAUAGCUUUAUCACAUUUUACACCCAUAUUCUCUUGUUGAUUCUGCACUGAAAAGCAUACCCAACCCUUCCAUGGAAGUAAUCGGAAAUUCUGUGGGUGGGGUUGGUAUCUUCUAAAGGCACCUUCCUGGUAAAAAAAAAAAUAACCGUGUGUUCUGGCAAAUGUCCAGGACGGACUUCCGGGGGUGAAGAUGGUUAAAGAAAAAUCUGUGAAAAAUUCACUCGUAUAGGGGUAUCGGCUUGGAAUCGCACACAUAAAAAGGCAAUGUUUUUUACAUAAAAAAUAAAUAACAUAAUUGAAACCAGAGUGUUUACUAAGCUUUCUGAUCUUCCUUGAUGUUUGGAUGUGUUUGUAAAUUGUUAAAUAUUUCUUAAUAUGUUUUUUGGUUCUCUGCCCUUAGGUGUAAAUUUAUUUUAACACCCAAAGUGAGCCAUAUUGUAUUAGAAAUAUAAUUUAGAUUUUAUUUAUUAUUUCAUUUAUGUAAGUGCAAAGUAAACAACAAUAUCUAUUUA